UGUUUCGGGAUUACAUAUAAUUUACCAAACCACCGUGGACUUUCCGGUGAGUCGGUGACAUCUCGGUUUCGACGUCUCCAAGCUGCCCCUCAACCCUCCCCCAAAUUGGAAAAAAACAUCGAGGACGAUAACAGCUAAGUUCACUACCAGUGACCCUUCCCUACCCAUGAGAACUCGACAACGAUCGCGGUAGAGGUGCAGUGGUAGACAGACAGACAGACGGGGGGAAACUGACAACAGAACGGUCGAAAUCUCUGCGAACUCAAUUAGGAAAGAAUGGCGAUACUGUACGCGGUGGUCGCCAGGGGCACCACGGUGCUGGCGGAGUUCAGCGCCGUCACCGGAAACACCGGCGCCGUCGCACGCCGGAUUCUGGAGAAACUGCCGUCAGAGGCCGAUCCCAGGCUCUGCUUCUCUCAAGACCGGUACAUCUUCCACAUCCUCAGAUCCGACGGCCUCACUUUCCUCUGCAUGGCCAACGACACUUUCGGAAGGAGAAUCCCUUUUUCAUACUUGGAGGAUGUUCACAUGAGGUUCAUGAAAAAUUAUGGUAGAGUGGCUCCCCAUGCUCCUGCUUAUGCAAUGAAUGAUGAAUUUUCACGGGUCUUGCAUCAGCAAAUGGAAUUUUUCUCCAGUAAUCCUAGUGCAGACACUCUUAAUCGUGUUAGGGGUGAAGUUAAUGAGGUACGCACUAUCAUGGUGGAUAACAUAGAGAAGAUAUUGGAAAGGGGUGAUCGAAUUGAGCUUCUAGUUGACAAAACUGCAACAAUGCAAGAUGGUGCUUUUCAUUUUAAGAAGCAGUCUAAGCGCCUUCGACGUGCUCUUUGGAUGAAAAACGCUAAGCUCUUGGCUCUGUUGACAUGCUUGAUUGUGGUGCUUCUGUAUAUAAUAAUUGCUGCUUGUUGUGGGGGAAUCACUCUACCAUCCUGCAGAUCUUGAGUACCAGCUUUCCGUUUCAAUUUCUGCUGAGAGGACAAGCGAGUCUAUGAGUUAUGUGGGGUCAUAUUAUGCUGGAAUGUUUCCAUGGUUUCUCAUGGUUCAUAUUCUUAAGGUGUGUUUUGGACCUAUACAUAAUCUCUCUCUAGAAGGUUCAAGAAAUUAUUCAGUUGAUUCUCGCAUUGCUAUGCCCGCUGUGUGUGUUUAUCAUAGGAAGCUAAUGAAUGUUAAUGAUAUUGUUGCGGAUUAUCCGUGCAUUGUAGAUACCAUAAAUUUUGUUUUUGUAAUCUAUUCAUUACUGUUGAAUUUCAUCUCGAUUUCUGUAAUUUCACAUUAUACAUUUCUAGACAUAAGAAUAGAGCGAGGUACUGAAUUUCAUA